UUUUAGUUUCAAAGUUUCUAAGGCACACACACCACGGGGCCCCUCUCUCGCCCUUCUUUCUGUUUGAAUAGCGCCAUUGACGAGGGAGCCGAGGCUUGGGGAGCUUUUCUUCUUAUCAACGGGUACGUAUCUUUGGGAGAAAGAAAACGGUGAAGCUAAUGACAUUUGAUUCUUCAAUUGUACCUGUUCUUCAAUUCAAAUUGGUGUAACUAUACACUGCUUUCUGAAAGACCAUUUCGAAUUGGUUUCACACUCCAGUUGGAAAGAAGAUGCCCGAGAUGCAGAUAAUUUCUCAUACAUUAAGAUCUCAUGGAGUCAAAGUGGCUAAAGUGCACAAGUAUGACUGGUUAAUUCUUGUACUUCUUGCGGCGGUUGAUCUGUCUUUGAAUUUUAUAGAGCCUUUUCAUCGUUUCGUUGGCGAAGAAAUGAUGACUGAUCUCAAAUACCCUUUUCAGAAAGACACCAUUCCUUUCUGGGCUGUUCCAAUUUAUGCUGUACUCUUGCCUCUCGCCAUCUUUCUCGUGUACUACAUUUGCAGAAAGGAUGUUUAUGAUUUGCACCAUGCCAUAUUGGGUCUUUUCUAUUCUGUUCUCAUAACUCUUGUAAUAACGGAUGCAAUCAAGGAUGCUGUCGGCCGCCCGCGUCCAAACUUCUUCUGGCGGUGCUUCCCUGAUGGAAUAGGUGUAGGUGACAAUUUUCUUUUUCUUUCGCUAACGAUGAUUGUAAGCGUAAGGGCUUGUCCCUGCAUUAUGCUGAACUGCUUGUCAGUCACGUCACAGGUAUAUGAUCCAAACACUAACAAUGCUAUCUGCACUGGAGAGAAAAAGAUUAUAAAGGAAGGACAUAAAAGCUUUCCUAGCGGGCAUACUUCAGUUUCAUUUGCAGGUCUUGGUUUUCUUGCAUGGUAUUUAUCGGGGAAGAUCAAAGUGUUUGACCGUAGAGGCCAUUCCGCAAAGCUCUGCAUUGUAUUUCUUCCGUUACUCUGUGCUGCUCUCGUGGGAAUCUCUCGUGUGGAUGACUACUGGCAUCAUUGGCAGGACGUCUUUGCUGGAGGUCUUAUAGGAAUUGUCAUAGCUUCGAUUUGUUACUUGCAAUCCUUCCCUCUCCCAAACCAGCGGGAUGGGUGGGCACCUCAUGCGUAUUUCCUCAUGCUGGAUGCGGAUAGGAAUGUUGGCGAGUCCUUAUCUCCAGCCACGAGGGUUAACUCUCUUCGUAUGCGAAGAACAGAUAUCGAGAGUCCAGGCUCAAGUCCAUAAGAUUCAAGUUCGCCAGUCCAUCAGUUACUGGAAGAAGGAGAAGAUACUGAGUUGAGUUUGUAUGUCAAAAGAAAUUGUAUAGAAGGUAUAUAUUAUACAUUUUGUAUACGUGAUGCAGUACUUCAUUCGAUGACUCCAUAUCGUAUGUGUAAGCUCCUAAGUUCCUAACAUCAUCGUUAUUCAA